GCCGAUUACAAAUGUACAAAGCUGAAUUGCGACUCGACUUUCUACAUCCAACACUCGCUCUAGAUCUCCUCCAAUACACAACGUCAUUCUCGCGGCUCGUAAUUCUUUUCUUUCCUUUUGCCAACCAUGGCCGCAGAUGCCAGCUCUCCCGCCGGCCCAAACCUGUCCACGGACGCAGCUCGCCAGCCCCAGAAGCUCCCGUCAGGCGUCGUCCUAGGCAAGGACGGCAAGCCCUGUCGCACCUGCUCCUCGGGCGCCGCCUUCGCCGCCUUCGCCUCCCAAGCAAAAUCGACCCUCAAAUCCGGCGCCUUCCCAGGCGCCUUAGUCGGCGCCGCCGUCUCCUCCUCCUCCUUGCCCCCGCCCGCCUAUACCCCACCGGCCGACUGCCCCCCCGACGUCGCCGUCCUAGGCCGCUCCACCUGGACCCUUCUUCACUCCAUUGCAGCAACGUACCCCACGACGCCCUCGCAACAAGAACAAAAGGAACUCAAGACAUUCAUGGGGUUGUUUUCGCGACUGUACCCGUGCUGGGUGUGCGCCGAGGAUUUCCAGGGCUACAUGGCGAAGGAGCAGAUUAGAGUGGGGAGUAGGGACGAGUUUGGCAAGUGGUUGUGCGAGGCGCAUAAUGCGGUCAAUGUCAAGGUUGGAAAGAAGACGUUUGACUGUGCGAGGUGGGAGGAGAGGUGGAGGACUGGGUGGAAGGAUGGGAGGUGUGAUUGACGGUUUUGAUGUAGUGUGGACGGCAGUAUGGUACUGCCGUCGGUGGAUUCAUGAGUUGCCGUGAAUAUCCUCAUGGGUCAUGCUGGAAUAGUGAAAAGGGGAACAUGUGAUACAAGACUGUAAAUUAUGUGUCGAAACUCUACAUGUGCAUUGGAAGGCGUUGGGUAAACGGCUGGGUUUGUAUCACCACUCACCAUGGCGUCUAUCUCGAGAUGUCACUCGAAGGGCAGGAUUGUCAUAUACAAGAGGUAUGGUAUAUUAUCAGUAAUAGACAGCUCGACUCUAGAUAUAAACAAAUCCCACAAUCUUGACUAGGUCAAGAAUCUGGAUGCGGAACACCGUGCUG